GGCGGCCGCCGAGCCUGGGUCUCGUGAGCGCCGCUGGGGGGGGCGGGGGGUCCCGGGCGGCGGCAGCGAGACCCUGGCGGGGCGCCGGAGUCACGCCAGCCCCGGGCUUUGAGGCCUACUCCGGAGCGCUGGCGGCUGGGCGGGCCGGCAGCACGCACACCGCCGCCCCGAGCCCUGCCGCCGCCCGCAGGCACUGCCGAGCCGGCCCGGGAGGCGUCUGUCGCGGAUAGAGGUGGGUGAUGCCAAGCACAGCCAUGAAGAAAAAGGUGCUGCUGAUGGGUAAAAGUGGGUCUGGGAAGACCAGCAUGAGGUCCAUUAUCUUUGCCAACUACAUCGCCAGGGACACACGGCGCCUGGGUGCCACAAUUGAUGUGGAGCAUUCCCAUGUUAGAUUCCUAGGAAACCUGGUGUUAAACCUCUGGGACUGCGGAGGCCAGGACACCUUUAUGGAGAACUACUUCACCAGUCAGCGGGACAACAUCUUCCGCAACGUAGAAGUCCUCAUCUAUGUCUUUGAUGUAGAGAGCCGUGAACUGGAGAAGGACAUGCACUACUACCAGUCCUGUUUGGAGGCAAUUCUGCAGAACUCUCCUGAUGCAAAGAUCUUCUGUCUGGUGCACAAGAUGGACUUGGUGCAGGAGGAUCAGCGGGAUUUGAUUUUUAAGGAGCGUGAGGAAGACUUGAAGCGCCUUUCCCGUCCCUUGGAAUGUGUUUGUUUUAGAACUUCCAUCUGGGAUGAGACACUGUACAAGGCUUGGUCCAGUAUAGUCUAUCAGCUGAUCCCCAAUGUCCAGCAGCUGGAAAUGAACCUGAGGAACUUUGCUCAGAUCAUCGAGGCAGAUGAAGUGCUUCUGUUUGAGAGGGCCACGUUCCUGGUCAUUUCUCACUAUCAAUGCAAAGAGCAGCGAGAUGUCCACAGGUUCGAGAAAAUCAGCAACAUUAUUAAACAAUUCAAGCUCAGCUGCAGUAAACUGGCAGCUUCUUUCCAGAGCAUGGAAGUGAGGAACUCUAACUUUGCUGCUUUCAUUGACAUCUUCACAUCAAACACAUACGUGAUGGUGGUGAUGUCAGACCCUUCAAUACCCUCUGCGGCUACGCUGAUCAACAUCCGCAACGCCAGAAAGCACUUUGAGAAGCUGGAGAGAGUGGAUGGACCAAAGCACAGCCUGCUGAUGCGUUGAACCUAGGCCCUGAGGGCACCGUGGGGCUUCUUGGGGGGGAGAAAAAAUGAAUUGGAACUACUUAUUUUUUAGGAGAAUCUAACAAUGUUUGAUGUCUUUGUUGGGCUUUGAAAUGAGUGUUGCUGCUUUAUUUUUUCUCCUGUUUAACGUCGGACACUAGUCGCUGGGAGGAUGUCUGGAUCCACUGUGGACCUUCUCAAAGAGACUUCCCUGGCAGCCUGUGGGGUUGGGAAGAUGGAAGCACAAGGUGAUGUGCAUGUGGCACAUGGCAGAACCAGUAUGGAUGUUUUUGCACCUGGGUGAGGAUGAUGAUGAUGGCAUAAGUGACAGGGAUGGAAUAUUUACUGUUUUCUCGGUGGGUUGCUAGAAUCCGUUUAUAAAUUUCUCCUUGUCUUCAGUCAUGGAAAUAAAUUUUUGCUACCAGGGAUUUGAGAUCCUAGA